CCUUCGCAGGCGGACGCCGCGGGCAUGGACUAUUCGUACGACGAGGACCUGGACGAACUGUGCCCCGUGUGCGGGGACAAGGUGUCCGGCUACCACUACGGGCUGCUCACGUGCGAGAGCUGCAAGGGCUUCUUCAAGCGCACGGUGCAGAACAACAAACACUACACGUGCACCGAGAGCCGGAGCUGCAAAAUCGACAAGACGCAGCGCAAGCGCUGUCCCUUCUGCCGCUUCCAGAAGUGCCUGACGGUGGGGAUGCGACUGGAAGCUGUGCGUGCUGACCGUAUGCGGGGCGGCCGGAACAAGUUCGGACCCAUGUACAAGCGGGAUCGGGCCCUGAAGCAGCAGAAGAAGGCGCAAAUUCGGGCCAAUGGCUUCAAGCUUGAGACCGGCCCCCCAAUGGGGGUACCUCCUCCUCCUCCUCCCCCACCGGACUACCUGCUCCCCUCCUCUCUGCAUGCCCCUGAGCCCAAGGGCCUGGCCUCAUGCCCACCCCCUGGGCCUCUGGGCGACUUUGGGGCCCCAGCGCUGCCCAUGGCCGUGCCCAGCGCCCACGGCCCGCUGGCCGGCUACCUCUACCCCAGCUUCCCUGGUCGCGCCAUCAAGUCUGAGUACCCAGAGCCCUAUGCCAGUCCCCCACAGCCCGGACCACCAUACAACUACCCAGAGCCCUUCUCGGGGGGGCCUGGGGUGCCUGAGCUCAUCCUGCAGCUGCUGCAGCUGGAGCCCGAUGAAGACCAAGUGCGGGCGCGCAUUGUGGGCUGCUUGCAGGAACCGGCCAAGGGCCGACCGGAGCAGCCUGCGCCCUUCGGCUUGCUGUGCAGGAUGGCCGACCAGACCUUCAUCUCCAUCGUGGACUGGGCACGCCGCUGCAUGGUCUUCAAGGAGCUGGAGGUGGCCGACCAGAUGACACUGCUGCAGAAUUGCUGGAGUGAGCUGCUGGUGUUUGACCACGUCUACCGCCAGAUCCAGUACGGCAAGGAGGGCAGCAUCCUACUAGUUACCGGGCAAGAGGUGGAGCUGACCACGGUGGCUGCCCAGGCAGGCUCCCUGCUGCACAACCUGGUGCUGCGGGCCCAGGAGCUGGUGCUGCAGCUGCACGCACUGCAGCUGGACCGCCAAGAGUUCGUCUGCCUCAAGUUCCUCAUCCUCUUCAGCCUGGACGUCAAGCUCCUAAACAACCACGGCCUGGUGAAGGACGCGCAGGAAAAGGCCAACGCGGCGCUACUCGACUACACCCUGUGCCACUACCCGCACUGCGGGGACAAGUUCCAGCAGCUGCUGCUGUGCUUGGUGGAGGUGCGGGCGCUAAGCAUGCAGGCCAAGGAGUACCUGUACCACAAGCACCUGGGCAACGAGAUGCCACGCAACAACCUGCUCAUCGAGAUGCUGCAGGCCAAGCAGACCUGAGCC